AUGAAAAAAUAUUGCAAAAAGAAGUCUAACUCGUUUUUAAUCACUUUUGAAUUUCAACUUUCAUUUUUUUCAAUCAAUUAUCUUUUCUUUUUUGCUCCACUUUACUCGAUUUAUUCAUUAUUAUUAUUCAUCGAAUCACAGGCAAAGAUUGAAAAAGGUUGUGAACUUAUGCAUGAAUACCAGAUAUGUACACAAGGAGUUUCACAAUCUUGUAACCCUGAUGAAGGAGUACAGGCAUGGAGACAGGUUGAAGUCUACGCCUGCCAGUUACUCAUCCCAACCGUUCGUGAACAUCAUCAGUGUUUUGGCCGACGACGAGAUCCCAGAUGUGAUCUGAAAUUCGACCCGUUGGCAUCACCGUUCUGUCGCCUAGUCACCUCCGUCAGUCAAGAUGUUCACUGUCUUCAGAAAUUCACAACUGAUUGCUCAGAAGCGGCAACGGAAAUGCUCCAGCCAAUCAUUGAGGAGUCUCAGGAGAUCACAUCGUCUUUAAGAUGUCGCUCACCGGUUGAUAUCCCUCCUCCCACGACGGAGCUGAAGAUCAAUAUGAGCGAUGCUGUGAAUUCCCUGUACUAUAUAUACGACAUCUGUUCCUCGGACUAUUCAAAAUCGCCGUAUGCGUCGGUUGCAGCAAAAAUCUGCUUACGACAGGAUGACAUUGCUAAGCAGAGCGAUUGCUAUCAGAAUACGCUUGAAAAGGAAAAAUGCGCCAUGAGGGAUGCAAAGACUGAGUGCGAAGCCUUGGAGGCAUUCAAUGCGAAUCUGGAUUGUGCCAUUGUGACUAUGAACGAUCUUUGUGAAAUCGAAGCGCAGAAUUUGGUAAUCGAACUCCAAGAAGCAAUCAACGAUAUUAUCAUAGAGCGAAAAUGUUUCGAAGCAAAACAAAAAGUUGUACCUGUAUUCCACCUGGACACGAAGAUGACCCACUGCACGGAUGAGCAGGAAAACGGUGCAUUGGCAUGUCUGGUAGAGCUAUUGGAGGUCAACAAACAGCUGGCACAGUUCCAGAACCUCAACUUCCUGCUAGAGAUUGCCACGGACAACUCGUCCGUAGUGGCAAACAUUUGCGAACUGUAUGGAAAAUAUGAAAAAUGUUUGAACGUGAGCGUAUUCAAGGAUCAAAAACGUUGUGCAUUCGCCAGCCCACUUAACACUUUGGCUAGAAUCGGUUUGGCUCCGAUUUGCUCGAUCGAUUCACGACCUCUGUUAGCCAGUCACAAAGAAUGCUUGAUGAAGUUGGCUUCACAGGCCAAUGGUGACGCUUCCAACUGUCAGAGUGGUCUAUCCGGUAUUGGAAAUACUGUAGGAUUGAUGAUGCAGGGAAUUCAUGGCGAAGCACUUCUUUGCAAGUCAUUCUAUCUGAUACGGGAUACUUUUACAUGCGGUGAGCGAGCAGUUGAACAACAAUGUGACCCCGAAGCUCUGAGAGAUCUUGGAGUUCUAAAAAGACAGAUGACUGAAUUGGGCGAAGAAGAAGGUUGUCCACGUGAACAACCAGCCAAUUUGGACGAAAUCAUUGCACGACCUGUGAAACGACCGACACCACCACCUCUUCCCAGCCAACAGUCAUCCAAAGAAGCUGCCGAAUUAUCUCCUUCAACAGCACCUCCGAUGGUGCCAUCACAGUCACCUGCGCCUCCACAGCAACCAGCAACCUGUUCGCCUGAGCAGCAGAAAAAGUUCGAAGUCUGUGUACGACCACUCACUGCAUUCCAACCUCAUCCGCUGUCGGUCAUCAAAGCCCCACGACAAAUCGAUGAAGCUUGCGAAGAAUUCAAGAAAUUCCAGAGUUGCGUCGCUGAAGUCAGUUGUCAUCCACUAUGGGCUAAAGGCAUGACUGCUAUGUUCUCUUAUGCUUGUGGAGAAGGUGGUGAAGGCUACAAGAAGGUCCGGCAAUGUUUGCGAAAGGUCGUUGCUGAAGAUAAUGUCAAAGACUGCGUAACGACAUUCUCACGAGGAGCACCCACCCAAGCCUGUUUAUCCGCUAAUAAUCUGCUCACAUGCUCUAUUGCACCCAUACAGACAGAAUGCGGUGAAGAGACUUCAGAUUGGGUCAUUAAGUAUGUGACGAAAUUCGCGACAGCAAUCGAUCCUCGCUGCAAACUGGCCAGUCAGCUACCGGUCGGCAAAGUGAUUGGCGUUGGAUGUUCGGCUGAUGAGGAGGCGAUUAUCGAACACUGUGCUGCUCCACUGAAUGAUAUUGGAAGCCGACUUGAAGAACUUUUCCAAGGCGGUUUACAGGCAAUGAUCAAAAAUGUGAACAGCUUGGCACCGGUCUUCGCGGGCGGUUGUAAUCUUACUGAUGAGUUCCGUCAAUGUGCAUCGUUCUUGUUUACUGGACGGACGCCAUGUGUUGUGUCGUCAUGUAUGAUCCAUGCCGGUGAAGGAAUCUGUGAUCAACCAGAUCCCACAAAAGCCAUAGACGACAAUCUCAGCUGCGUAUUCGCCCAGGUACAAGAGCCAGCAUUCGCGAAAUGUGUUCGAUCAACAUUGUCCACCGUGAAGCAGUUCACUCUCAGCUCUUUCCGGAAUAUAUUGCCGAAGUUUAUUGACUGUACCGAACAGAUGGUGCUUGCAAAAUGCGGAGAAACGCCCAUAAAUGUGCUUCGAGCCAUGUCAUCGCCUGAUAUCUGUCCCGUUGGUCCAGCACCAAUCGUUCCUGUUAAUAAGGCCCGUGUACCACAACGUGUGGAACCGCAGGUCGACAAACCUUCAGUAUCGAUUGCUACUGGCUGUUCUGAACAGGACAUGGUCGCAUACCUUUCCUGUGAAAGCUCAAUCGAUCCGUUCAGCUUCCGACCAGUCUCCAUCAUUGGUGAUGGCUCCAAAUGGGAUGAAAUGUGUGCGGCUUUCUCGACAUCGUAUAAACCUUGUGUUGAGAAGAUGACAUGCAAAUUCGAGCCAGUUUCAUCUGCUAAUCUGCUACUGUUCGACGGCAUUUGCAACAGGCCUAUUACCCUCCGGGACCAGAAGUCGUACGGUCGCUGCUUGUCCGACUACACGAACAGCCCUGCUGGUCAAAAAUGUAUCGCUGCCAUGGCCGGUGUUGAUCCAAUGGCCUCGGACGCCUCCAGUAAAAUGUGUCAAGUAAGGUGUAGUUCUCCGUUUUGA